UGACGAGGUCAUUAUUGAGUCCUACGAAAGGGAUCACAGGACAGAUACUAGGAUCAGGUGAAACAUAGGUGUGACUUCAGCACAGGACUGUGUUUGUGUGUGAUAUUUCUUUUUCUCUUUGUUUCAGUAACAAAAAAAGUAAAUCUGAGAACACAAGAAUAUCAAGAACAAAACUAUAUCUUACCAUGCAGUUGCAUAUACUCAUCAAAGUUCUCCUUUCUCACCAUCUGGUAUUUCCCGGUGAAGGACAUGGCUGAUUAGAGGAGCUUUGUCGGAGGACAAGAUGAGGAGCUCAAUGUGUCUCAGCAGACUGCUUGAACCUCGCCAGCUCCUGCUCUACAAUGUUCAAGGGAACGUAUGAAGUGGAGUCGGUGGAGAAGAGGGAUGAGUUCUGGGAGGCCUUAGGCUCAGGUAAACCCGAGACCAUGGAAAAGGUGACGGAGCUGUCUCAAACUGGAAUGGAAAUCACCUGGACUCGGCCCGAAGGUCCAAGAAACUGGACAAACAAGUUCACAAUUGGCAAGGAGUGCGAGCUCACCACCAGAAGAGGGUUAAUUUUCAAGGCUAUUCCCGCCUACAUGAUGGGGACUCUUAUCGUCCAGUUUCCAGCCUUCCUCUUUACAGCACAGAUAGUUGAAGGAAAGCUAAUUGAGACAUACACUGUACCUGGGGAGAAAGGAGUGACCAUGAAGAAAGUCAGCAUUCAAAUCUAAAGCCGUUGGUCUACAUUCUCACCACUAGGGGGCGGGUGUCUCUGAUGUCUAAAUGCCCCGUGUGUAAAACAGCGACAUCUAGCGGCUGUUUAGAUUGUUGACGCUGGGAGAAUUGACUGUCCUUAGCCAUACCAGAAAACUGGAAAUCUAUUCCGUUUCCUUGUUGUCAGCAAUUCAGACCAUACAUUUCAUAGACUGUAUUACUCAAAUAAAACUACCCAAAUUUGAAAAAGUAUUGUGUUGUCGGUUGCUGUUGCCUUGUAAAGUUACUAGUUUCUCAGAGAAAACUCAGUGACCGACAAGGCUAGAAGCCACACAGACUCAUGGAUCUUGUUGCCUCGAGUAACGAGCCCAGUAAAUUAUUCUGCACGCGCACACAGACUAGUUCAUCUAAAGAACUCCUGAAGCUGUACAAACUGAAAGUUGAAGUAACACUACAGACAACAUGCUGGGAGGGAAACAGUUGAACAAAACGGCUAGAAAGAAAAACAUGCAACAACACAUCAUUUGUUUCCAAUGUAAAUCCUACACAGUGGUUUUGUCUUCAAUUCGCACAAGGCUGGUCCUCAGAGCACAUGGAAAUGCAGGGAUGGUCUUGGCCAGGGCCCUGUUCAACACCACAGUGACCCCCUCACUAUGAGCCACACUAAAGAGAGGCUGGAUUGUCCAGAGCACAGUGGAACACCAGGGUCC